AUGACGGACACUGAAAUGAACGACGUCUUUUCUGACCCUUCAAUCGAGCCUCAGGAUUUGAGUCAACUACAGUAUCAUAUCACCUUGCGCGACUUUGGUGAAAAGGUGCAAAAAGCCGCUAAUGCGGCCUAUCCGAAUGAUCAAAAGAUCAAAUACGCCCGAGUCUAUGCUCUCCUCAUUUUAUGGGAGGACGAAGACCCGCAAUUGCCUGUUUCGCUAGAAGUCCACGAAUUAGGUGUUGUUUUAGCUUCCAUUUACAAGUACGAAGUACAAAUAUAUCGAAUUCCUAGCGGCGGAAGCCACAAAAAAUUGAAUCAAAAGAUUUUGGACUUUGUUGAACUAGGUGGAGACAGUAAGGAAGACCUGAAGAUUGUUUAUUAUGGCGGGCAUGGCAUGCUAGCUCAAAACCGGCAGCCUUGUUGGGUGAAUCGUUCUGAUUCCCAAGACCCUAGUUUCAGCAUGGUGAAAUGGGGCGGGAUUCAAAAUUCCUUGGAAGAAGCACAAUCCGAGGUUCUGCUCUUACUUGACUGUUGCUCUUCGGGCACCGCUAACACAGGAGAUGGGUAUGGAACUACAGAGCUCAUUGCUGCUUGUGGCUUCAACGAUGUUGCAAAUGGCGUUGGGCGCCAUUCAUUCACCUAUGCCUUAACAACAGAAUUACGCCUGUUGAGCGCAUAUCCAAAGUUUACUGCAGCGGUUCUAUACAAUAGAAUACUAUGCCGACUACAAAACUGGAUGCCUGAAGGCAGAGAAUUACAGAAAGCUCCACUUCAUGUUGUUCUUACGCAAAAUCAAGCUUUGCCAUCUAGCAUACAACUUUCAGUAAACCCAAGGCCAAAGCCGGAGCCAGUGUCUUUCCGGAGUCCUUCGCAAUCACUGGGUUCGCCAAGUCCCGCUUCAUUCGAGAGCAAUGAAAGGACAGACUCUGACCAAGAUUCUAAUUUAUCGCCUGUGUCGAGCCUCCUUUCUGCCGAUGAGCAAUUUCCGAGGAUCUUACUAAGUGUGAGACUCAGAGAAGAUCUGGCUCCAGAAUUAUCUGCGGAUCUCUUCGCUGAAUGGCUUCGCAUGAUGCCCGUUGUUGCCAACUCUGUUACCGUCGAAGCUGGAUUCAGUAGUUUUUCAACAUUAAUCUUGGUUUCCAUGCCAACACCAAUAUGGGUCUGCCUUGAAAGAGAUCCGGCCUUCAAUCUUGUGGGUAUCAUUAAGAAGAAGCCAAAAAUAAAACCAGUUUCUUCCCCAAGUCUUUCAACACUUGAUGUUGCUGAAAGCAGUAAUUAUCAGUCAUUGAAAACAAAACAGCAACCACCAGCUCGUAUGAGUGAAGGACCGCCUCUUUCAGCCGAUCCAGCCCAGGAAUUAAUGCAAAUACCAUCCUCUUCCGACUCUGGCUUCGAUAAAAUCACUCCCUACCCGUCUAGUUCGUCAUAUCAUUAUUCUACCGCUGCUGCUAAACCCUACACUCCUAGCCAAGAUCCUCCAAAAAGAUCAUUGAAAAUGAGAAUAGAAAUAGCAAAAGACCGGGCAAAGAGGGAAUCUGAACAGACUUUUGCGUCUUCGAUUGAUCAAAGAUCGAUUAAGAAAUCUAGAAGAGAUGAUCAGCUCAAAAAGAUAGAUAAUUGGGUUGCGAAUUCUCAUAACUUAUCUUCCAAGAGUACAGAUACCUUCGUGGAUAGGCUUUCAAUUAUGGAUUAUGAAACUCAAGGAUUCAGAUGGAAAAAUCUGCACAAAAACCUGGCAGCCACGCCUCCAGCUCCUCUCACUAAAUCUUCCGUCAAUGAUACUGCGCCCAACCUUGAAUUUGCUUGCCACUACAUUGGCUGUGGUAGGUCAUUUGUAAGCCAAGAUAAGCUUAAUGAUCAUAUGGAGAGACACAGAGCUCCACUUGAAAGUACGCUGGAACCAUUAGCAAUUAAUGCGACUAAAGAAGUGUUUAUGAAGCAUCUGCAAAUAGAUCCUGAAACAUAUGCACUGAUGGAAAAAGAAACGGAGAUCAUUUAUACAUGGCUAACUUCCGACAAAGCCCACCUAAGAGAUGGCAAAACCGAACCGCCUUACAGUUGGUGGGGUUUCACCGUACAGUCAAGGAUCAAAGCUAUGGAAUUUUUAGAUGCAGGCGGCACUGAUCGGACGUCUUCUUAUUGGAGCCUUGGUCGUCCAGUUAGAAGAUGUCCCAACUGGAUCGCACAAUGGUUUCUUCACCACCGUUUCUUGGACAUAGAGCAAAGGAUCAGGAAUGUGAAUGAUACAAAUAACACCCCCUUGGCCGCUGUUUCCCCGGAAUACUCUCGCUCGCAACCCUCACUAUAUCCGACCGAUGUGAAUAAUCAAGGCUCGGAUCCCCCACGCUAUACAAACGAUAUGAAUUACCUUCGCACGUAUCCCGAGACAUGUGAGACCGGUACGAAUAGUGAUUAUAGAGAGGGUACGAAUCAGGAUUAUAAGGCCAAUACGAAUCAGGAAUAUAUGGGCAGUACAAAAAGCAAGCCUAACCCGAAACACCAUUGA